GUUACGUAACAUUAUUUCUUUUUUUAUAUAAAAAAAUAGGGAAAUAAAACUCCCAAAUUGGCAACCCUUUUCGUUUACGUUUUACGGGGAAUCUCUCGAUUGUAUUAGUCUGGUCGCCAUUUUUAAUUUGUUCUCGCAUGUUGGUAAACCUUUUCGUUUAUAUUUCACGGGGAAUCCCUAGAUUGUAUUGUACGUCAUUUAAUGUUGUUUUUGUUGUCAGUAUUCGUUAGUGUUUAUGCAGAAGCAAAUUGCUGUAGUCGCUGUUAUUAAAGUGAGUUCAUAGUGUUCAUACUGUAAUGUCCUCAAAAGAAGGAGAUUUGUAUUAUCAGCUGUUCUUGGCCUAUAAAGGCUCUCAUGCUGACUUGCCAGCGCAAGUAUGUCAAAAAAAUGCCAAUGAAAUUUGGAAAACGGCUAAAGAAAAACUAAAAAACAAAGAAAAGUUUAUAGAACAUAUAAAUGAUGUUAUACGAGAGUUGAAGGUGAAGGCCACGAAGAAGAAAGCAACAAUGCUUAGUUAUUUUACACAACUACCUAUGCAAACAUCAAGCACGCCAGCAACACUAUGGCCCAAUGCUCCCUCGACUUCGCGUGCUCCUCAACAAAAACAGGAUUCGAAUGUUGUAGCUUCAUCCACGUGUUCAUCUCUCAUGGAAUCGAUUGUCGCAGUCGCUGGACAUGAAAGCACUGCCGUCAAACGAAAGAUGAGCGAUAUCCACGAGGAGCAAAGUCAGAAUACUGAUGGGGAAACUGUGGAGACAUCGUCUACGGAACCAGACAAGACUUUGGUUGAUUCGGUCAUCACUAAAAAUGUUCCAAGCAAACCGGCUCAAGAAACUCUUAUGAAGAAAAUUGGUCUACUGCAACAAAAAAUAAAUGUUCUCACUGAAGCAAGGGACACUGGUAUAGCCAAAGAUGAUGUUCAUGACGAAAUAAAAAAGCUACGCAAAGAGUUGAAAGAAGAAGAGAAAUGUUUGAAGAAAAAAAGAGACUCUGCUAAGCGUGCAAAAAAAUUUCGAGCCAAAGAAAAACUGGAGAAAACUGAACGUCAGAGAAACAAUCCUGCUGCAGCACAACCUCGAACUGGCCCUGGACAGCCCUCUUUAGUUGACUCGCAACCUGCUCUCCUAGAGACCAUAAUUAAUAUUGCCAUUCAUGGCAGCGCUGCUGAUGAACGCCGCCGAACAGAGAUGAUUAGGAGUUGUCUCACUCUGUCCGACCUGCAUGAAAGGCUGUUGUUAAUGGGAUUCCAAAUUUCUCGAAGCGGCACAUAUCUUCAUUUACUCCCACGCGUUUCUAACACACAAGAGGGAAGAAGACACGUACGUACUGUACCCGUAAAGUUAGCAAGACCACAGACCGAGAUGCACAAAAAACACGAGGACGGGGAAUUUUGCACUGCUACAAUCAGGUCAUUGGAAUCUCUCGCUUCGCUUCUGGGACCGCAGCAAGUAUUCGUUCUCUCACAAGACGAUAAGGCACGUGUACCGAUAGGUUUACCGGCAGUAAAAAGUCAGAGCCCUCUUUUAAUGCAUAUGGAAUACAGAAUACUUUUACCUGAUCAUGACUGGGUCGUGGCAGAGCGGCACAAACUUAUUCCUUCUGUAUACGCCGGCGUCAACGUAGAACCUAACAAUUUCGGUAGGGAAGAAGCUGUUGGGUACAGCGGGCCGACACACAUAUCCAUAAGGAGCGGGAAACACUCAUCCUCCACAGCGAACACCCACGCUUAUGAUUUCGAAUCACUUUUAUCAAUACCUUCAUUCAAAUCCUUAAUGAUGACAGAAUCGAACACCGUGAAGCCAGUAAUCAUCAUCUUUGUAGAUGGUGGGCCGGACGAAAACCCGCGUUAUCGCAAAGUCAAGAACUUUGCGAUUGAACACUUUAAAAAAUACAACCUGGACGCCCUGUUUAUAGCGACUAAUGCUCCUGGGCGGAGCGCAUAUAACCGAGUUGAGCGUCGCAUGGCUCCCCUCAGCAAACGACUGGCAGGCGUCAUUUUGCCUCAUGAACAUUUUGGUUCUCAUCUCGACGACAAAGGAAUGACUACGGAUGAUGAUUUGGAAAAACGCAAUUUUCAGCACGCUGGGGAAACACUUGCAGAAGUGUGGAGAGAAAUGAAAAUUGAUAAUUAUGACGUUUCGGCGGAGUAUAGACAGCCCGAAGAUAGCAUGCAGGAUCCAGCAGAACCAAAUCUGGCGUGGUAUAGCGUUCACGUCCGUGAAUCGCAAUAUUUCUUACAGGUUAUAAAAUGCGCAGAUGAAUCCUGCUGUUCACCACCGAGAAGUGCAUUGAAAUCUGUGUUUACGGAUACUUUCAUGCCGCCACCUUGCCCAAUACUUCAAACCCCAAGCAAGCUCGUAGUACCCAGUUUGUUAGACAAAGGAAAAUCCAAGUUUUCGCCACUUCUUGUAAGGUUGUCCGUUAAUCUGUCACCUCCUCUAGAAGGGUUUAAGCAGAUGCCUUACGAUUUCUUUUGUCCAUCUGUACAAUCCGACCUAAAGAAAAAAGUAUGUCCAACCUGUGGGAUCUAUUUCACAUCUCACAGGAGUGUUCAAAUGCACUGUCGUUACGUGCAUGGCAAGACUGUCCAAGACCAUUGUGAAACUAGAGUACGGCCACAGCGCCUUGCUGCCAGAAGGGCAAAUGAGCUUCUCUGCAUUGUGCGUCGUUAUGAAACAUCGUCUGAGGAUGCUGACUGGCUCGACGAAGACGAAGUUGAUGCAAGUGGCUUAACAAUUCCAGAACCGUCUUCGUCUGCACUCCAGGUGCCAGUGAUGAAAGAAUCUGAGUGGCUAGCAAACCCGUGGACAGAGGAGCAGUAAUUUCAAUCGAAUUGUUUUUAUAGACCUACUUAGAUACUUGGUUAAUAGUUGAUUAUUUUUUAAUUUUGUUAAGAAUACGAUUUUAUUUCGAGUAAAAUGUUUAAUUUCAGUUGGGUUUCUGUUUAUAAUUGCAUUGCCAAAGGUUAAAAUAAAUAUGUUAUUUUAUUUGAAGAAUUUAUUAGUAAAAAAGCUAAAAUACUUAGGAGAAUGAAGGAGAAAAACAAUUGUGUUUUGUAAAGCCAAAAAUUUAUAAAAAAAUAAACAAAAUACGCAGGUGUUGCGAAUUAAAAAUCUCUUGUUUUAUUAUAAGGCAAUUAAAACUAUACGAAGGAUAAAAACUAUAACA